AUAAAUAAUUUUUUAAAAUUAAAAAAGAAUAAUAAAAUGUCGGUAAUUGUUUAGGAAGACGAAAUUCAGCAGUAUUCCUGCGGAGUGUGUGGUGCUAAAAAUCUGAUCCCUAAUGAAGAAAAUGAAAUCGAUCACGAAUGCUUAAAUGGUCUUUCAGUAUCUGUUGAUUCAAAUUUUGUUAUGCGUCCACGAAUAGUUGAUCCAGAAACAAGCUACCUUGUUUCUGACAAUGGAGAAUGCGAAAAGAUGGCAGAAGAUAUUAAUGAGUGCAUUAAUAAAGUAAAUGAGCAUUGUGGCAAUUCGACGAAACAAAAAAAAAUUUCGGUUUUGGACAAAUCUAGAUGUAAAAAAAAACUUAAAACAGGAGAAGUAGACAAUAUCAUCUGGACGUCCGAAAGUAUCGCACACCUAAUUCAAUUAGUAAAAAAUAAUGAUAUUAUAUGGAAUUACUGCAUUCCUAUGAAAGAAAGAUCAAAAUUUAAAAUAAGCAUUGCAUGGGAUUUUAUCGUGGAAGACUUGAAAGAUACAUUUCCCGAUAUCUCUUCUUUCUUUAAUCCAAUUGUGGUUCAAUCCAAAUGGAAAAGUUUGGUUGAUUAUUUUUGGAGAAAAGUAGCUUCACGUCCAAAAACAACUGGAUCUGCUGCCGCUGCUCCCGAAUCGUGGCCAUAUUUCGAGAAUAUGACAUUUCUUUAAGAAAUACAAACUAAACAAAAGUAGUAAUUCAAAUCUGUAAAAAAUAAUUUUUAUCUUAUAGAUUAUUAUCUAUUUCAGGACUAUUGAUAAUUUCCCUGAGGAAAAUGAAGAAAAUAAAACUAAUGAAAAAAUUAGAAGAGGAAGAACCAACAAAAACAAUAACGGCAUCGAGAAAAUAGCGUCAGCUUUAACCGAAUUGGCAAAGGCACCGUCAAUAAUUCCACCUCCAUUGCCCGCUCCUUUACCACAAUACACUACGCAGUCAAAAUUGACUUUGAAAGAAAAGAAAAUUCGAGAUUUUCUACAGUUAAUGGAGUCUUUGAUGCUGAGUAUACCCGAUGCUGAUCUCGACAAUGUGCUCUUCAGUAUCCACGAAACUGUACAUAAAGCAAAAAAAUAACUGCACAGAAAUAUUUAAAAAAAUUAUGUAUACUGCGCGGUCUGCGCGUCAAUGAUUCCUUUUCUGAGGUAAGGGGCGAACACAGAAAUCUGGAGACGCUAUUAUAGUUAUUUCUAUUAGUCUAUUACUAGAAUUUCUGUAUGUUCCCCCAUUACCUCAGGAAAAGAAUCAUUGACACGCAGUGUACGCAGUUUAUUAUAUUUCAAUACAUGUUCAUUUAUUUAUUUUUACU